UGUCAUCUCAAGGAUGAAGCAAACUCCGCAGAACAAAAUGUUCAAAUACUUCAAAGAGACCAGCAAUGGUUAUUGAGGGGAGUGAUAGAAAUUUUGUUAUAAAGGCUUCAAUAAACAGACAAAGUGGCAUUUUUUUUUACUGCCGAGGUACUGCGAUCAGCUGGCAGCCUGUUUCAGCAGCUCCCACUCUCUCCUGAGUUUUUAUUUUUUAAAGCUAUUCUUUUAACUGUUGUGUGUUCCUGUUUUUCACAUUGGCGUAUAUAUAAUGGAGUUGACAAUUUUGAGGACAACUUUGUUUUUAUUUUCUUUGGGCCACAUUCCCAUUGUUUACGCCUGAGAUCAGCUGUUAGCUUUCGGUAGCUCUGUUGUGCCGCAUCCCACCAAGCAAUCUGAUAUUAUACAUCGGGUUGAUGAAGAAGAGACGUGGGAAACACUUUGGCAUGAGUCUUCCGGAGAUGGAGGUACAGACCCGUAAUCCCGUCCAUCAGUAUGGUUGUAAAUGUAGCAGCUCCCCUCAGAUGCCACCUCUACCAGGGUCAUUCAAUGGAAAGAAGUGGCUCUGCCGGUAAAUAAAGAUUGUGCUUCCCUACAUCGAUGGAACGAGCAAACCUUCCACUUCUGCGUCAACAGACUGGAAACCAGGAGAAAUAGGUAAGACAAAUAUGAAAUUAACAGAAAAACGUUACGAACCCUCAGUAUACUGUUUCCAAGUUAUAAAUUGACUCUAGCGAUGAUGUGUUUGUUUUGAAUCAUGAGAGAAUCCAUUUUAGGAAAAGGAAUAAUAAUUUAAGUUACCUGUAGCUUUUCUAAAACAUUUUUUUUUUUGUCUUUUCAUCUUAGAGCAAUGGUUAUUCAGGGACUUACUGAAACAAUUAUUCUGUAAGUGAACUCCCAGUCAACAUCACCCCUCGGCCUUCUGAUUCAAUUUCCUGACCAAGUGUGUGACACAGGGCAAUAAAGUAAUUAGAACUCUCUCAGUCCCCCUCCAAAAAGAGGACAUACAUAGGUUCAUGAACAGGUGAGACCCCCAGGGCCUGAUGAAUAUCAAAGUUUGCUGGUUUCUCAUUGCUAAUACGUGCUUCUAAAAGGAAAUUCUAGUUUUUGAUUUUGGUAAAGUCUACAGACACAGCGUCCCCAUGUCAGACAUCACUGACUUAUGUCCACAAGAAACAGUGCAAUGAAUAGCCAAUAUGGUAAUUGGACCUCUUUUUUUGCAUUUCAGUGUGCUGGCAAUAAAAAUCAGGUUUAGUUUCACAGUAGUCAGAGCAGAGACAUCAGAGCUGUGUACAUCGUCAAGCGUCAAGUGUGGUACAACUAAGAAAGGUUUAAACUUGUUACACUGAAAAUACUAGUAGAACUCUAGUUUAAGCUUGUUACAUUGAAAAUACCAGUACUGACAAGAAACAUAUGUCGGUGCAUAUUUCAGAAAACGAAGAAAUUGCUCCAUCUGCUUCUAAUGAUUCACAGAAGUACAAUGACAUAUUUAAAAGUAGAACCCACCACUGAUGACCUUGAGGAUUUCAUCUUGACACAAUCAGAAUAUGAUUCGACAGAGAACUCUCUGGAAGAAACAGCACCAGCUGAUCUGAUCAAGCAAACUAAAGCCGAACUUGGAAUACUGCCAUCAGCUGUCGAGCAGCAAGAUACACCCAAAGAUGCGACACUGAGGCCGUCUACCAGAAGGUCACUUUUCAAAGAUCAGGACAGCGUUCAACAGAAAUGCAUCGGUCCUGUACAAGAAGCGAAAUCUGGAGGUUUUAUCGCACAGAUUCGGAAAUAUUUAACCCCGGCCAAAAGACAGCGACUCUCUGUUCUGCAUACCAGGGCGACCCUCGUGAGAGGUUUAAUGAGCGAGGUAACGUUGAUGGUAGGACAGAUUGGUUCCAGACCUGCACAUCAACGUCGCAGAAAAAAAGUUUCUACAGCCGCACGGAUCCGUCGAAAUAAGGUCUCAUCUUUAACGCUUCUGGCUGCAUUUCUGAUUCUGUUACAGAAGCAGUUUGGUGACAUCAAGGGGAUUUUAAACUGAAGUGAUCACUGUGGGGUUUUUUUUUUCUGUAGGUUUGUUUGAUUUUUCUUAUGCUCAUAUAAAUGGAUAACCGAAUCAGACUUGGCCUGGAUGAAAUAAAAAAUGUAGUAACUGAGCUUAACGAAAUCCCUAUACCUGCACAUGUUUUAGAGGAUGAAGCAUCUCUUGUUAACAACCACAAUGAAUAUCAGCACGGUGACUUUUUAAACUUAAUCAAUCAGGCUCUUGAAGAUUUAAAUAGAGCACCGUCUCCACUCAGCAUUCAGCAAAAUGAAUCAGCUGACUUACAAAAUCCUACAACAUCACACAAUGCUGAUCAGCAUGGGGGUCAUUUCAAUCAGGAGAUAGCGGUCAGUUCUGAUCAAAUAGGGUGAGAUCAUCCAGCGGUUGUUGAACGUGAAUGUUUUAAUAACCAUGAAAUAAGGAGACCUUUUACCAUCCCGCCACCCUGUCCGGGGAACGUUCCGGAUCUAGCUGCAUUCUAUACAAACAUCAUGCAUAUUCUCAUUGAAUUAGCCGACGCCGCAAGAUCUUUAACCAGACGUAACGACGUUGCGCAGCUGGAAUUAGGGGGUGAAAAUCUCAAUUGUCACGUCACAUUUACUGUUACAGAUGAUGGAAAUAUGAUCCUGCCUGCUUUUGAGAACUUUCUAGAUGAUUUAAUACAAUCGAAUGCAGAUGUACCUGUAGAUAAUAACCUGGAAUUUGUUCUUCAGGUUGUUAAUGAGCCUGCAGGAGGGGUGAAACGUAAGGCUACAGGAACGUUAGACAGUGAACUAAUUAAUAAGAAAAUGCGUCAUCUGUAUGUUAUAAAUAAUACCGAUAAUCAGUUAUGCUUUGCAAUCUGCCUCGCACACGUCUCUGACCCUGAGCUUACGGAUGACUGUGCUGUAGAACUGG